CGCUCCGUGCGCUUUGCCGUGGAGAUGGGGAGGAACCUGCUGAGGUGGGAGCCGGGGCACGGCUGCCCCAGCAACGCCAGCUACGACGUGGAGUACAUAGUCUACGGCUCCAGAAUCCCCUGGACAGCCAUCCCAGAGUGCAGCAACACCUCGGAGCACUCCUGUGACCUCACGCACUACACCCCGGACCCGAAGCAGCGCUACCACGCGCGGGUCAGGGCCGUGGCCGGGAACAGCACGUCCUCCUGGGAAAAGACCGGCAGCUUCUUCCCGCAGCAAGCUGGCCUUCACCUGGCCGGCCAGAGCCUCUCCGUGGUGGGCAACUCCAUCCAGGUGCGGCUGCAGCUGCUGCUCCGCUCCGGGAACAGCAGCCUGGAGUACAGCGACUUCCUGAAGGAAAUGACCCGCUGCCACGUGCACCUCAGGAGGACACGGGACAACCACACGAUCACCGUGGUGAAGAACAGCACCGAGUUCAGCAUCGGCGAGCUGUUCUGGCUCACAGAGUACUGCCUGAGCGUGGAGCCCAGCCUGGCCAGCUGGGCCGUCCCCGCCGCGCGCUCGGGCGAGCAGUGCGUCACCACCGGCCACAGGGACAGGAGUGCGGAGCUUCUCCCGGACAUCCUCAGCUCCUCCUUCAUCAUCCUGUCCCUGCUGGGCCUCCUGGGGGCUCUGCUGGUGUGUACCUACACCAGGAAACCCGUGAGGACACCAUCUGCCCUGAAGUCCCUCAUGAAGCAGAGCUCGCUCUGGGGGGAGCAUGAGCCCCCCUCCUGGGGCAGCCUGGAUGCAGACCCCGUCCAGCAGCUCUUCCUGUGGCAGAAGGAGCCCCAGCCGGGCAGCAGCCCUGACGGCAGCACCAGCACGGCCCAGCUGCCCCUGGAGCAGGGCUGGAAGCUCCCAGCGUGGCCCAAGGACCUGCUGGGACCCACGGGGAGCAGAGACAGCAGCGGCACCAGCACCGACAGCGGCAUCUGCCUGCACCUCCCUUCCUCCUCCUCAUCCUCAUCCUCCUCCUCCCUGAGCUGCUCCGCGGACCCCCAGCCCCAGGGCUACAGGCAGCAGCUGCCCACGGCUGAGGACAGCGGGGUGGGCUUGGAGAGCCCCUGCCCUGCUGCUGCCUGCUCCUCUGGCAGCGCCAACGCCAGCCCAGGGCUGUGCCCUGGCACCAGCCAGGCAGAGCUGGAAUUCCGGGGGUACCUGCAGCAAUCCAAGGGCACCGUGGAGCCAGAGAGGGGCCCGGGGGAGGCAGAGCCCCCCUCGGGCUGGGCAGGCUCCGUGCAGGGCCCGGGCAGCAGCGACACCGCGCUGGACAUGGAGUGCCCCGAGCUGGCCGUGUCCCAAGGGUAUCUGAAGCAGUGCUCCCCCGAGCAUGCCCUCACACAGGACCUGGCUCCUUGGGGAGCCCCUGCCUGCGACUUCCCCAGCCAGGCGGGGCCCCCAGCGCCCACCCUGCUGAGCUGGGCAGCCCCGGGUGCUCCGGUGACCUGCAAAGGCAGCCCUGAUCUGAGAACUGCCUUCGACCUGAACCUCUUCAGCAACGACAACGCUGCCCUCCUGGGGACGCUGCUGCCCCCCAGCCUCAGCCCCAGCUGGAUCACCCUGCCCACCGUGCCCCUGGGCCAGCUCAGCGGGGACAGCAAGGACAGCCGCCUGUGACGCGCGCCCGGGGGCCACCAGCCCCGUGCUCUGACCCAACUACCUCGUCUGCCACUGGAUAAGCUACUCCUGACCCUGAAUGCCCACGCUGCCAGGCCCAGGAGCACCAGCUCAGCCGCCGCGGGGCUGCUGUGCCCUCGUCCUGCUGUGGGCACCCCUCCAGCAUCCCCAGCUAACGGGAGCAGGGAUGGGCUGUGCUGGAGGGGCUCGUCCCGACCUCCUUGUGCCACCCAGGACACCUCUGCACCCCAUGCCCUCCUCAGCGCCCAGCACGGGGUGCAGGGCCCCCCUUGGGGCUGGGCUGGUCCCGUGCUUCACUUCCCCUUGCCCGGCCAGCUGUGCUGGCGUCCCCGUGCUGGUGUCAAUCCCAGCCUUUCACAACACUGCGGGCACAGGGCAGGCUGGCACCAGCUCCCUGCUGCUGGCAGCUCGGGGCUCCUGCCCUGCCCGGCCCCACGUGGAUGGACCAAGAGACUCUGCUGACCCUACAGAGACCCCUCGGCACCCAGCCCCUCUGGGAGAGCCCCAGGGCAGGAUUUGGGAUGCACCCAGAGCCCAGCACGAGCCAGGGCAGCCCCACCCACACUAUGGUCUGUGCUCUGCCACUGUGGGACGCAGACGUUAUUUAUUUUGUUUCAUUUGUAAAUACAGAAAGGACGUGGUGUUAUUUAUUUCAUCCUUUUGUCUGUCCAUCCUCUCCCAAGGCCAAGCUGAGCUUCCUGUUUCCACAUUUGGACGUUCCCCAUCAGCACGGGGCAAUGAGCCUUUGCCUCGUGUGGGGAGGAGCCUUUCCACAUCACAGCUGGGAAAAGGAGAACCAAGCCACUCUCCAGGAGCUCCUGGGGAAUUUGUGGGGGCAAUCACCACAGGAGCAGCAGGGAAAAGGAGCUGGGCUGCUCCCAGCGAUCCCACAGGGAUGCCCACCCCAUUUGUCCAAGGAGGACAAAUCCAACCCGGUGGGGAGGAAAGAAAACAGUCAGGGCUCUGCUCAGCCACGCGGUGCUCAGCCACAGGUUGGGCUCCAUGAUCUCAGAGGCCUUUUCCCAACAAAUUGAUGCUGUGAUGCUGUGACCAGCUGUCAUCAGGGCGGAAACAGGACGAGCCCCAGCCCUGGGUCACCCUCCAGGUGUGAAGGAAGUUUUUCCAAAAGUCACUCCAUUUCCAGGAACCUUCAGGGUGGGAAGUAAAACUGCUGGUGGAA